AUGAGCGAAUCAAACAAUGAUUUGAUUGAUAAUACUUUGACACAAAAUGUGUGCACCGCUGAAGACAAUCAAUCAAUUGAACCGAUUGUGUGCCAAACGGAUAAUCAAAUCGGUGUCGAAGAGAAAAGACAGACCAGGAGUUCCCGAAAAGCGCUCAUUUCUGGCGAUAAUGGAAAUUAUGAAUUACCGAAAACGACAGAUAAUUGUCCGCAAAACUUGACGGAAGUGUCGGAUAAAGUGGUGACCAAAAGGAAAUGGCGGCGAACGCAAGAUAUCAAUGACUUGAAGUGUAAAUAUUGCGGCAAAAUGUGGCGAUCGUUGUCUCAUUUGGAGAUUCAUUUGCGCUCUCAUACGGGAGAGAAGAUAUACGAGUGUCCGAAGUGUGGCCAACGGUUCGCCCAAUUGGCCGGACUUCAGGUGCAUUUGCGGCGACACAACAACGACCGCCGGUUCGGGUGUGAGGUCUGCGGGAAAGCGUUUUACACGCGAAUCGACUUAAGCCGACACAAGACGUCUCACAAACAAUUUAAACAAAUCACUCAAUGCUGCGAAAUAUGCGGCAAAGGCUUUAACGACAAGCGAAAAUCUAUGCAAGUGCUCUUCUUCCUCAGCCAACAGACGCUCUAUACGCCAGUGUUUUGUGUGCCUGUCGUGAAUGACAUACGGGUGUUUGCCCGGUUUGUGCUCUCUCGCUGGCUUUACGCGUGUCCCGUCUGUUCGCAAGUUAUCGCUUCUAAAAGUGCUUUUGUUAUACAUUUAAGAUCUCACGCCGACGUAAAGCCGUGCGCUUGCGAUACGUGUGGCAAACGAUUCCGCAGUAAAUCGCAAGUGAGUCGACAUAAGCUGACACACGAAGAGGGCCGACAUGUUUGCGACAUUUGCGCCAAAAAGUUCAAAACAUCGCAUCAUUUAAAGCGCCACAAAAUCAUUCACUUCCCCGAAGAGAAGCCAUUUGAGUGCCAUUUAUGUGAUUAUAAAUGUAAUGUUAAUUCAAAUAUCGUAAAGCAUGUGAAGAGCGUUCACGGAAUCGUCACCUUU